AUGUGCUUUCUAAAGAUCACCCGAUCGAUGAUUCAGGAUCGGAUUCGUUAUUUGCGGGCUCAGAUUUCCGAUGCUCGAGAAGCUUUGGACCGGCACAUCGAAAUCCAUAUUACGAUGGAUCAGAACAAGACGUGCGAUCCCGACACGCUGUGGAAGCAUACACGGCAAGGCUUCAAGCGAGAGCAGCAGUUCAACGCAGCCCAAGAUCUACUGGAGGCCAUGGAUGUGGUCGACAUCCUGGCUCACGACCUUAUGAUCGGACAUGGAACGCAACUUUGCCCCUGCGACGACUGCAACAUCUAUUACCGUAGUCAAGAAUGGCGCCGCGAACAACCAUUCCACUCACCGAUGGAACUACCUCGAACGCAGUACUACUGCCGAUGCCAGGGUUUGCGUCCAGGCUGCUCACCGACUUCGAUGGCCUAA